AUGCCCAGACGACUCGAGCGGGACCAUGAUCGGGCACGACGGAUGAGAGUCGAUGUAGUCGUGGAGAGCACUGCCAUCGCGAGAGUCCGUAUACAUGGCCUAGGGGACGGCAUAGGUGUUGAGGAUAGGACUGGUUGUUUUGCAACGCGGAACUCAACCCUACAGACCCCGAGACGGGGCAGCUCAAACAACCACUAUAACAACCCCAAUUCGUCAACAGCGACACCAAUACGGAAGUACAGCAUCUUGACUUCAACGCCCAGUCUUCAAUGCGCCAGUCGUCUCUCAGCAUUGCGCACAGAGACAUGCGAUGGUGCUCUCGACCAGCGUCUUGUCAAGACAGGCGAUACACAAGAUGCCUCCCUGAUGCUCGGGCGUAGAUGCAACGUACAGCGCUUUCUAUUGCCUCUCAUAGAGCCUAGCAAACACUCGCCCCAUUGCCGCACGGAAAUCUGGCUCUCGGCACUACAAUACACUCGUACUAUGUCGAACACUAAUCCCGCGCCACAGGGCAACUUCAACGUGACACUUGACAUCAGAAUCCCCGGCAGCCUCGUCAAGAAUUGGGAGAUUCCAGCGGAGACACUUUCAGUCCAGUCGACCAUAGAUGAGGUAUUGGCAUGGAUCAAGUCACAUAUCAUCAAGUGGUUGAUGGAAGCCAGCUACAUUGAUGUCGAAGGUUUCACGGGCUUCAUGAAAAGGCUGAGUGAAGAUGUACAGAGUCCCAGCAUAUCUUUCGCCACUUCAGUCAGCUCACUCGAUUUCAAGAUAGGUCUCAAUAUCUGCCGCCAGCCUCCCGGAGUUCCGCCUGCGACAGACUCAAGCAUGCUGGGCAAUUUAGUGCAUUCUCGUCGCCAGAGUGCGACGUACAUUACCGUUGGAACUGUGCAGUAUGGGUCUGUCGGGAAUUAUGGUGCGAUGCAAAGCACCAAGAAGACAAAGGUCGGACAAGCAGUUCACAAAAACGUGAUUCUUGCAAGAUUUCAUCCCUUGAAGUCGGACAAGUUCUCGGGCUUCUUUCAUACAGUACCCAGAUGGUCCUUUGACGGCUUUUCCGGAGGCAUCGGCGACCCUGAUGCAAGUAUCGAGCACAGACCUUUGGAGGAUUUCAUGUCCCAGGAUGCGCAACGGAAUAAGACACUCCGCCUAGAGGAGCUAGAAAAAGAGCGUCGUCGUCAAGAUGGAUUGAGCACUGUUCAAAGCAGGAACAACGACACAGAGAAGCUUCGAAAAUUUCAUCCCCCCGAGCGCCCAUACAUGACAUUCCAUCGCCCAAAUCUUACCGGAUUCGGGAAUCCUCCUGGAGUCUCACUCAAUGCUGCCGUGAAGUUGCAGGCCGUCAUUCAAGUCUUUUACCACUUCAACAACGCGCCUUCGGACCAAAACCACGUGCCACGAAACAUGCAGCUUCCAGUCGUGGGCACCAUGUCAGUACAGGCACUGGAAACGGCGUUUUUCACCGAAGGUCGUCGGAAAGGACAACAGGAAGAGGACAUGAUCAUCACCAAGUAUCGAGAUUCGCAACCACCGCCUUGCUGUCAGUGGUGGGUCAUGCCUCUGCCGCAAACCACGCGCUUACUGCACAGAAUCGAAGACAAGAGCGUCCAUGUAGCUAGCUUCAUUCCCAGUGCGGCUAGUGCGACCAGCGAUGUGAAGUUGUACAUGGAGUGCCAUAUUUGGGAUGACCCAGAGAUGAUCUUUGAUGGCUGCAUAAUUCGACGACUAACUAGCUUGAAAUCCAAUGAACUACUGGGAGUUCUACGUCAGAAGCACGGUCUUGAGCUGAAGUCUUACCAGAUGUCUAUCGUCUCAUCAAGGCUCAGAGCGGAAUGCAAUAGAGUAGUGUCAAUUUUAGAAUGUCAUCCUACAGCCAAAGUUUACCACAACGAUAGCCACUCUCAGGGAGCGAGAUUCUCAGCACUAGGUUUCAGCAAUCUUGGCUCUAUGCUAUGGUAUGGUUUCUUUCCGCCAGAUCCGGCUUCAUUGGGGUAUGCACAGAUUCAUGAGUUGGAGACUGCGAGGCGUUCUCCUCACUCAAGCGGAGACAGAGAGGUGCUAUGGGCGUUCUCCUCACCCAACCAUAGCCAGCGAGCACUGGCAGCGGAUUACUCUACCUGUACCACGGUGCUAUGGGGAUUCUCCUCUCUCAAGCGGAGCCAACGAGCACUGGCAGCGGAAUACUUAACAUAG